UACCGCGUAUUUACCUACCUCUCUCCCUCUCUCUCUCUCUCUCUCUCUCUCUCAUCAAUCCCGAUCUCAUCACCACCAAACCCCCUCAGCUGAUUCCGCUCAGACGUCCUUUUCUCCCCCGAUUCAUGGUAACCUUUCCAAGCAAAUAAUGGCAAUCUCAGUCCACGCACUCUUCAAAGAACGCAAAUACCCCUUUGUCUUCGCCCUCACCGUCCUCCUCUUCUCCGUCCUAAUCCUCCUCUUCACCAGCACCUCCCAAUAUCCUCACUUUCUCUACUCCAACAUCCAAACGCCACAACAACCUCUCCCUCUCUCUUCCCCUGCCGCAUCCAAACAGCUCCCUAAUCUGGCGCCGGAGCUCGCGCCUCCGCCGGAGAAGAGCCACGAAAACGACGCCGUUUCGGCUGACAAUGGGACCUCCGUUGAUGAGGGAUUUGGGUGGGACCUCUGUGAGGGCCCAAUGGGGGUCGAUUACAUUCCGUGCUUGGACAAUCUGCUGGCGAUCAAGGCCUUGUCUUCGCGGAGGCACAUGGAGCAUCGCGAGCGGCAUUGCCCCGCGCCGAGCCCGAGGUGUUUGGUGCCGCUCCCGACCGGGUAUAAGGCUCCGGUUCCGUGGCCGAAGAGCCGGGACAUGGUUUGGUAUGACAAUGUUCCCCAUCCAAAGCUUGUUGACUACAAAAAGAAUCAGAAUUGGGUUCGUCAGUCUGGGGAUUAUUUUGUUUUUCCUGGUGGCGGAACUCAGUUCAAGGAGGGAGUUGGUAACUAUAUAAAGUUCGUAGAAAAGACUUUGCCAGCCAAUAGAUGGGGAAAGAAUAUCAGGGUUGUUUUAGAUGUCGGCUGUGGUGUUGCUAGCUUUGGCGGCUCUUUGCUGGACAAAAAUGUUCUUACCAUGUCAUUUGCCCCGAAGGAUGAGCAUGAAGCUCAGAUACAAUUUGCUCUAGAACGAGGAAUUCCUGCGACUCUCUCAGUAAUUGGAACUCAAAAGUUGACAUUUCCAGACAAUGCUUAUGAUUUGAUUCAUUGUGCACGAUGCAGGGUUCACUGGGAUGCAGAUGGUGGAAAACCAUUGUUGGAGCUCAAUAGGGUUCUUAGGCCUGGUGGUUUUUUCGUGUGGUCUGCCACACCGGUGUAUCGCAAAGAUGAAAUACAUCGCAAUAAAUGGAAAUCUAUGGUGAAUCUGACAGAAUCAUUGUGCUGGAAGGAUGUUUCUAGGACUGUUGAUUCCAAUGGAAUUGGGCUUGUUAUAUUUCAGAAGCCUGACUCGUAUUCAUGCUAUGAGAAACGCAAAAAAAACUAUCCACCUAUGUGUGACGAUAAAAGUAGGAAGAACAAUUCAUGGUAUGUGCCUCUCAGUAGUUGUCUUACCCAACUUCCAGUUGAUAGCAUGGGUAACGUGUACAGCUGGCCCACUCCUUGGCCCAAGAGGCUCAAGAGUAACCCUGUAAGCUUAUCAAAUGAGCAAAAUGCUAUCGAGAAGUUCUACGAGGACACCAAGCAUUGGUCUACACUUGUGUCAGAUGUUUAUCUGCAAGGUCUUUCUAUAAAAUGGUCGAGCGUGAGGAAUGUCAUGGACAUGAAUGCAGGCUAUGGAGGAUUUGCUGCAGCACUUAUUGAUCAGCCUCUAUGGGUAAUGAAUGUUGUCCCCAUUGACAUGCCAGAUACUCUGUCUGUUAUAUUUGACAGAGGGUUAAUUGGAGUAUACCAUGACUGGUGCGAGUCUUUUAAUACAUAUCCUCGAACAUUCGAUCUACUACAUUCCAGCUUUCUCCUUGGAAACCUUUCACAAAGAUGCGACCUUGUAGAAAUUGCCACGGAGAUAGACCGCAUUUUAAGGCCAGGUGGAUAUCUACUGGUUCAGGACACAAUGGACAAGAUUAACAAGCUUAGGCCAAUCUUGGAAUCACUUCAUUGGUCUCUAACCCUCCAUCAAGAUCAGUUUCUUGUUGGCAAGAAGGGUUUCUGGCGUCCAACAAAACAAGUUUAAUUGGCAUUGCUGGUCUUUUGCACCAUAAAAUCUUCAUUGGUUGCCCAUUAAUAUGGCCUAUUAUCAAGUGUAAGGAACAGAUGAGAGAAGGGUUUACACGCUCGAAAGUGAUAUACCCUAAAGAUACAAAGAUCUUACAUUGUACUAGUACAAACGUUGAUGACCAAUCAUAAUUUAUUUUACAUUGCACUGUACAAUCUUAAUUGGUUGCCCACCGAUAUGGCCCCGUAUUCGUUUUCACUAUCUUAAGUGAUAUACCCUAUAGAUACUAAAAUUUUACAUUGCACC